AUGUUUUUUUUUGUGAAUGACUUUGAAGGUAUGUCGAAUAUCAAACAAAUCAUUCGACCAUUUUUUGAAAAAUAUAUUGAUCCAUCCAUGAUCGAAGAAAAUAUUAUUGUUGGUGCUCAAUUUAGUGUUACUCCAUGUGAAGAACAAACUCAACAAGUGAUCGAUGGUCUGCGUCGAAUUCCCAAUGUAACAGUAUAUAAACGUAAUGAACUGCCACAACGCUUUCACUAUUCAGAACCAGAUCAUCGACCUAGUAAAGUUUUUGUAAUACCAAACGAAGGUGUCAUGUUUUUGAAUGUAAGUGUAGAAAAAUACUAA